AUGUCUACUGCCGCAGACAAUCUCGCCGACUCCCUGGCUAAAACCUCCCUCAACGACACCAACGGCGACGUCAAGGUCGACGCCGCUGCUGCCAGUGCUGAUGAGGGUCGUCGGCUCUAUAUUGGGAACCUCGCAUAUGCGACCACUGAGGGGCAACUCAAGGAAUUCUUCAACGGCUACACCAUUGAGAGCGUUGCCAUUCCUGUGAACCCUCGUACCAACCGUCCCGUGGGCUAUGCCUUUGUCGAUCUGGCAACCGCCCAUGAAGCCCAGGACGCUAUUCAACAGCUCUCUGGCAAGGAAAUUCUCGAACGCAAGGUGUCUGUGCAAGUUGCUCGCAAGCCCGAACCCGCCGAGGCUAAGGAAGGUGCAGUGAGUGGCGGUGAAGGUGCCAGCGGUGGAGAGGGUCGCAAGAGGGGCAUCAAGCGUGGUCGUGGCCGUGGCCGUGGCGGCCGUUUCGUCCGUGGUGGCCGUACCCGCACUGAAGCUCAAAACGGCGAAACUGAGGCUGCCGUCCCCACCAACGUCCCUGGUCAGGCCAUUCCCUUGACCGAAGCUGCUGUUGAAAAUGAGGCUGCAGCCAAAGAAACCAAGACUCGCGGUCCUCGUCCUCAGAAGCAGCGUGGACCUCCCGAAGACGGUAUCCCCUCCAAAACCAAGGUCAUGGUCGCCAAUCUUCCUUAUGACCUCAACGAGGAGAAGCUCAAGGAACUUUUCAAGGAUUACGAACCCGUUUCAGCCAAGAUCGCCCUUCGUCCCAUUCCUCGCUUUAUGAUCAAGAAACUCCAGGCCCGCAAUGAGCCCCGCAAGGGCCGUGGCUUCGGAUUCGUCACUUUGGGAUCCGAGGCUCUCCAGGAGAAGGCCGUCCAGGAAAUGAACGGAAAGGAAAUCGAAGGACGCGAAAUUGCCGUCAAGGUCGCCAUCGACAGCCCCGGCAAGGAAGAUGUUAUUCCUGGUGAAGGUGAAGAACAGGCUGCUGAACCCGCAGCCGAGCAGGCCACUGCUUAGAGGACAGUUAUUAUCGAACAGGGGAUGAUUACAAGGCUUGUGACGGACAAUAUUUUAUGAAAGCCGCAUGUCUUAAGAAGGUGACAGAAGUAGGCCGAAUACUUUGUGUCUGCGUGUUUGAUACGUUGCGGCCAAGGGUAGGCUACUUGAAGCGAUCUCUAUGGAUUGAGAACUAAUCGAUUCAUUUAACAUUUCAUUCUUUGUAUUUUAUCAACGAAUCUAGCUUAUGCGUUGAGA